GAACAAGAGGGGCCAGUGGGGCUGGUGCUUCCCCCGCUCCCCGUUACAGCUGCCUGAGGCGGCUUGCAGCUGUGCUAGCCAAUAUGCCUUAUCUCCCUUGUCCAAAUAGGCAAUGUCAAACACUCCGACUCUAGGACAAGGGGAUCCCACACUGAGGCCCCCCAGGAGCACCAAGCUUGGUGUGCACUACCAGGUGCUGGUGAGCUUGGCACCCCUGCGGGGUGGAGACUGGUGACUGCAGACCCCCUUGAAUUGCUCCGUCCAGGUUAAAACAGUCCCCAGCCCCACCCGCGACCAGCACAGCUCUGCUUCUGGCUUGUAAAAUAUUCCAGAAAAAAUCAUGACCAGGUGGGCCCGUACAAGUACCACUCAUAGCAAAAAGCCUCUGGACGCUACACCAUGGGAAGAUAUGAAAAAUGGAUCCACCAGUGGAACAGUGAGGAAUAAACAGCAAAAUUAUUCAAAUACACUUUCUUUAAAGAAUGAUCAAGUGAAGAAGAAAAAUAAAAAGAAAAAGGACUAUUUGAAUGAAGAUGUUAAUGGAUUCAUGGAAUACUUAAAACAGAGCUCACAGGUUAUACAUAAUGGAAAGGUGAGAGCAGCAGACAGCCAUGAGAUGAGGGAAGAAGUAGCAACAGCCUUGAAGAAAGAUAAGCGUCGGGAGGGAAGAAGAUUGAAGAGACAAGAGAUGAAGAAAAACACCAUGGUAUGUUUCCACUGUAGGAAGCCUGGCCAUGGAAUUGCUGACUGCCCAGCUGCCCUUGAAAGUCAGGAUAUGGGUACUGGAAUCUGUUAUCGAUGUGGAUCUACAGAGCAUGAAAUCACCAAGUGUAGAGCAAAAGUAGAUCCAGCUCUUGGGGAAUUUCCGUAUGCAAAAUGUUUUAUUUGUGGCGAGAUGGGGCAUCUGUCAAGGUCAUGUCCAGAUAAUCCUAAAGGACUGUAUGCUGAAGGAGGCUGCUGCAGGCUUUGUGGAUCUGUGGAACACUUUAAAAAAAAUUGUCCAGAAAACCAGAACUCAGAUCAAGCAGUAACAGUUGGUCGAUGGUCCUAUGGAAUGAGUGCAGAUUAUGAAGAAAUUCUAGAGAGCCCUAAACUACAAAAACCAAAAGUAAAAGUACCAAAAAUUGUUAAUUUUUGAUAACUGCUCUCAGACUACAUUAAACAUCAUUUGUCUUCUGA